AUGAAGACUCAAUUACUUGCAAUUUCAAUAGUUGUGAGUUCGAUGAGCGUCAGUUUAUAUCGUCUUUGCGAAUAUAUUGUGGCAAAAAAUAUUGUUGAUGCGAGUAUAUUGUUUUUAUACAUUGCCAGUAAUUAUGGCCUUAUGUUCUUUAAUAAUUACAUUGGUCAAGAAGUAAUAGAUUAUAGCAACGAUAUAUUUAAGAAAAUAUGCAACACUCAGUGGUAUGCGGCUCCACUGAACAUACAAAAAUGCCUCGUGAUAAUAACAUAUCAAAGUCUAAAGACACCCGCAAUAACGUUAUGCUUUGGUCUAUUCUUACCGUCUUUGGAAGGCUUCGCUAAG